AUGCGGCCACUGAUCAAGCAACUGAGUGCCACGCCGACAAUUCCAGCCCAAAGGACCCCCGAAGAAAUUGCUCAGGAUGGAACUCUGGACCCGCAAGCCUCGCUUCGAGCGAACAAAGAGGUGUUCUUUUUCCGCUUGGAACGGGAGAUUGAGAAAGUCAAUGCAUUCUACCUACAGAAAGAGUCCGAGUUCUCGUUACGUCUCAAAACCCUAGUCGACAAGAAGCGCGUGGUUCAGUCUCGGACCAGUUCCAAUUCCAAAGCUCCAUCCAACUUCAUGGCAUUAUUUGAGGGCUUCCAACAAUUCGAUGGCGACCUGAAUAAAUUGCAGCAGUUUGUGGAAAUCAAUGAGACUGCCGCAUCCAAGAUUUUGAAGAAAUGGGACAAGACAUCUAAAUCCCGGAUGAAGGAACUCUACCUGCAGCGCGCAGUCGAAGUGCAACCCUGUUUCAAUCGGGAGGUUCUUCGAGAUCUGUCAGAUCGAGCAACUACAGCCCGGUUGGAGUUGGAGGCUUGGGCCGAGGGCGAGAACAUACAAUUUGAUAUGUCGCGGCCCACAGAGCGUGGGACAGCCCCUGUAUUUGGUACCGAGGAAGAGGAGCUGGACCUCCAAAUAUUACAAUCUGCCUCACAGGGAAAUCUACAGAACUUGCGCGAGUGGCUAAGCAAGUUAGCGUCAUUCCCCGAUGCGCAAGAACGAGCCACGCGGACGUUCCUGACGGCCAUCAAUGGAUUCUCUGACGAGGUCCUCGCUCUCCUCCUGGAGAGUAAAUUGGUUGACGUUCAUGCCGAGGAUGAUAUCAAUGAGCGGAACUGCCUUCACGAAGCCGCCAUUUCUGGACGAGACUUUGUUCUCAAGGCGGGAAUUGCCGCAUCGGUUGAUAUUGCUCGAUCCGAUGUUUAUGGGCGAAUUCCCCUCCACUACGCAUGUAUGCACGGUCGUGUGGACAUGGUCCGGGACCUACUGGCAGUAGGCCCGCAGACAGUGGAUAUAAUGGAUCACGAUAACUUCACCCCUCUCAUCCACAGCAUCGUGAAACGUCAACUCGCGUGUGCGAAGCAGGUCCUGAUUAGCAAUGCUCGCAUCGAUCCAGCAUCAGAAUCGGAUCAUAUUCCCUUGAAUCUUGCCUGCCAGCAUGGAUCAUUAUCCAUUGUGCAGAUGCUUCUGGAGCGAAAGGCCCGGCUGCUGCCAGAUGCGGAGGGUCUUUACCCUCAACAUAUGGUAGCUCGGGCAUCGCAAUCACCAGAUCUGCUUCUCUUGCUGAAGCAACACGGAGCUGAUUUGAACCAAAGGGACAAACUAUACCAAUGGACGCCAUUGUUCCACGCGGCAAGCGAGGGUUGUGUACCGUGUCUGCGGACACUUCUGGAGCUUGGUGUAGAUUCACAGAUCGCAGAUGAAAAGGGUCUUUCUGCUAUGUAUUACGCUGCCUGGGAAGGGCAUCUUGAGUGUAUGCUUCUCCUCUGGGCUCAACCCCUGAAUGAUGCCCCUUCACAGCGACCACUUGAUGUGUUGAAUGGCUUCCAGAUCCCGCAAUCUAGCUCCAUGGAUGAGGACUAUGGGAGACGAGCGGGCUCUGCUGAGAUGGAGAUUGCUGAUGGCAUUCCUGAUCUUUCUUUACCCCCUCCCAUCAUCCCUCUACGACGCUACGGCCACAACUUCCUUGACAAGAAGGUCUUUGUACAGCUACUGUUUGACCAAGGGAACACCGGGUCUAUCAUCUUCGACCAGGCUGGCCGGCACCCAGCCGCCCGGCUGACUAUCUCGUCCAAGCUGUCUGACUUGAUUCCUCGUACCAUAAUGCUCCCCAUUCAAGAAGACUCUCGCACAAUAUCUUUCCAUGUGGACAACCUGGACACCUUCGCGGUGGAUUUCGAGAUCUUUCCUACUUUUGGCUCUAAAGUGAUCGCAAAGAGUGUGGCCUUGCCGGUAACGUUCCGUGCCGAGAGAUCUAGCACAGGUUCAUGCUGCCUUCCUCUCUUUGAUCCUCGCCUUCGGGCUAUUGGUCAACUGCAGUUCAACUUCCAAGUCAUCAAGCCGUAUCACGGUGAUCCUCUGGAGAUCACCCACUUUGCGACGUACUGGAAGGCGACUGGUGCCAUCGACUCAGAGCACAACGGGUUGGUCACUGGCUCCAGCUUAUCAGGGGACUAUGUUCAACUGUUCGUGCAACUGACACGGGAUCGGGUGCCGGUGCUCUACCCUCAGUUCCUCAUUAACCAUCAUGGAAUCGACAUUCCAGUCUGUCAUUUGACAUAUGCGCAACUCCAGGCUAUUGGCGCGGAGAGGGGUGUCAACCGAUCCCAAAUUAUACAGUUCUUGAAGACUCAGGCGCUCAAUGAUAUGCCACAGGCCCAUCGUCUUCUAGCAGAGUCGUUCAUGUCCCUACAAGAUGUUCUGCAGGAAUUGCCCCAGGGUCUGAACAUCAACCUUUCUAUUCUCUAUCCGUCCAGCGCCGAAGAAAAAUCUCUCGAGAUGACCUCUUUAGCCGAUGUCAACAGUUUUGCUGAUGCGAUUUUGACUGUCGUCUUCCACCAUGCGCGCGUCUCUCGCGACAAGAACCCCGAUUUCAUGCGGUCUAUGGUGUUCACUUCUUAUAACCCCAACAUCUGCACUGCCUUGAACUGGAAGCAACCUAAUUGUAGGCUUUUGAAUUCCCUGGUGGCUUUUCAUUCCAAAGUCAUCAUUGCUAACUCUCUUCUCUCUCUAGACCCCGUUCUUCUUUGCAAUGAUUUGGGACAGAUUCGAGAUCUGGCCCGCAAUGUGGACACCCUUCCUGAUGUCAACAGUAGCGGUCGCACCUCUAUGUCGAUUAAGGAGUCUGCGCGGAUCGCUCAGACUAAUAACUUCAUGGGCUUGAUUUGCCGGUCUAGUCUUCUUAACGUUGUUCCCUCACUUGUGGAGACAAUCAAAGAACUUGGCCUUGUCUUGGUGGCUGAUACAUCCGACGAGGCAGGCCAGCCUGACCGCAGGAAUUCUCUUACUGAUGCCAGCGCUGUCGGUGUGGCUGAAUGGGCCUACCGCAUGCCCGAUGGGGUGAACGGUGCCAUGAAAGCCAACGGCGUUCUCCGCUUCAACGACAUGAUUGACAUGUGA